UUGAAAACAAAGCCAAAAUCGGUUUAUUUUUUUAGAUUUACAAACAUAUUUAGUACUUGGAGUCAUAAAAGAUGGUUCAAUUCUACUCCUUGACAAAAUUAACAAAUAACAAUUUCAAAAUAAAUUGAUAUUUAGUACUUUCGUUUCUUUUCUUUCUUUGUUAUUUUUUAUAAAAAAAAUAUUUAGUACUUUUUUUCUUUCUUCCAUUUUCAUUUUCAAUGAAAAUGAAAAAAAUGUAUCCUAACCAUCGUUAUAUCUUUUCGUUUCCCAUUAUGUCUUCAAGCUUCAUCACCCCUUCUUCACACAAAAAAAAUUAAAUAAAAUAAACAGGAACAAAAAAAUUCCUACAAUCAAUUGAUCGAGUUCACUCUCUAACUAACAUGGAGGAUUGGUGGGAGAAUUGGUUCUCCGAUUUGGAUAUGAACGGUGAUAAUAGCUCCUUAAAAUUAAACGAAUGCGAAAUGAAUUCGUGUUGUAAUUAUAAAGCUCGUGCUACAGAAGGAAGAAAGAGGGUACGAAGUUGUUGGGAGAUAGAAGAUCACGUAAUGGCCGAGAGAAAAAGGAGACACGAAAUGGCAGAGAGAUUAGUAGCACUUUCGUCUAUUAUACCUGGUUUGAAAAAGAUAGACAAGGCCUCUGUACUUGGUGAAGCUAUUAAUUACGUUAAACAACUUAAAGGACGCAUAGCAAUUCUGGAGCAACAAAGUAAUAAUAAGAGUAAGAGGACAAAAUGUACCAAAUCCAUAAUCUCUUUUACCCAAUCUCAAUAUCAUCCACCUAAUCAUAAUCAUAAUUUGGACUCCAAUCAAGUGCUCCCUCAAAUCGAAGCCAUAUGCAUAGAGUCAGAAAAGGAGGUACUAUUUAUUAGAAUCCAAUGUGAGAAAUGUAAAAGCAUUUUGUUCACACUAUUGGUCAUACUUCAAAAUAUGCACCUCUCUAUUUCAAGUAGCAGUGUACUUCCAUUUGGUAAAAAUACCCUCAACAUUGCCAUCAUUGCUAAGAUGGGGGAGGAAUACAAAAUAACAGGGGAAGAAUUGGUGAAAAAGUUGAGACAAGAUCUUAUGGAGUUAUAUGAAAUGCAACAUCAUGUGAUUCAUGCUAGUGUAUCAAAAGAAUUAUAGUUCUUAUUUGGAAUGGUAAAGGAUGAAUGUGGACAAAAAAAAAGUUCAAUUAAGAUUCAAAUUUGGGUAUCUUAGUGUUGUUGGGGUUUGGUUACUUACUUUCUAGUUGUUAUAUUGAUGUUUUAGGAAUCUAUAACAAUGAAUGGUUGAAGAUUUAUUUUGAACAUAUUUAAUUGAACUCGUGUUAAUUUCUCUUUUUAUGGAAGAGAUUUAUA